AUGACUAACAAAUCAACAACAGCUGGAAUUAUUGAGAUUCCUAAACGAAAAACUACAAUGGUUAAAACAGAGAAACGUAAACUUCCGUUAAAGACGAAUUCAAAAAGAUCCGACUCUUCGAAUUCUAAUUCUAAUAAUUCAAUUUUGUCAACAAGCCCUUCAGGAAUAACAACAGAGGCUGCUUCGACAACAACUAACAAUCAAUCUAAAUCUCGUACAAUAACUAUAAAUGAUUCGUCAUCAGAAUCUAGUGAUAAUACUUUAGUAACAUCACCAACUCAAUUAACUUCAUCAUCGCCAUUACAACUAAAUAAUAUUCAUUUAACUGAGGAGGAAAUUAAAUUAAAACAACUUGAACAAGCAAAAAAGAUUUUAUUGAGACAACAAGAGGCACCAAGUUUCAGACAUGAAUUACAAUUAAAAGAAACAAAAGAACCUACAAGAGGUAGGUCACUACAAUCACUUAAACGUGACCAAUUAAGAUCUCCAAGUCCAAGUCCAAGGUAUACAUCUUCUCCAACUCCGCCACUUUUAUUAAAAAGAAGACAACAACAAAGUGACACCAAUUACUAUCAUGCAGAAUCAGAUGAUUCCAAUGCAUCUAAUAAUAGUAGCAUAACAAAUAAGAAAACAGCUACUAAAAAACGUAAUAAUACACUCAAUGCCUCCAAGCCGGUAUGCACAUGUUUGAAACCUGAUAGUAUUUGGUGUCAAAUGUGCGAAUCAAAAAGAUUUCAGCAAAGAUUUUCAAAUUGGACUAGUGGAAACAAAGAUAUUGAUAAUUUUAUACAAGAAACACAAAAAAAUUCUAUAGGUCCAUUGAAUUAUGUUGAAUGGAUACAACACAAUCGCUUUAGAAACAUACAAAAGAUCGAUGAAGGUGGAUACGGAAUCGUUUAUUCGGCUACUUGGUUGGACGGUCCAAGAUGGAUACAAGAUCAAAAAGAUCCUAAAAAAUGGACGAGAGAGAACAAUAAAAAGGAAAGGAAGGAAGAGGAGGAAGAAAAGCAAAAAAGAAUAAAAGUUGAUGAAUUACUGUCGAAACCAAUCUAUCACAGUCAAUUAUACGACUUUGGAGAUGAACAAUUUCUUGAUUUCAUGACAAAUUUAACAGAAUCAGAAGUUGGUAGUACGUAUGAACCACCUCAAUCUCCAUCAAAUGAAAGUACAAGCAGUAGUAAAGUUACUUGCGGCGAAUUAGAGAGCAUGUCAAUUACAAAUACAACUGAUGAUAUAUAA